UCUACGCCAAGGGUGCAGACCUGCGUCAGAGUUUAUGCACUUCUGACAAGAAAUGUGUGCCAUUCUGAAUCGGCAGUCAAAGAAAGCUUGAAGGUUCUGUUGUGGCUCCUCUUCAUACUUCCCUGGUCUUUGGGAUUCAGCGCUGACCCCCGCGCCCCCCACCACGAGGGAGACGCCAGUGAGACAAUGUGGUCCAGGCAAGCCUGCGUGUUGGGUUGGUGGACCCUCUUGCUCCAGAUGGCGCAUGGAGUGACAGGUGGGCUUCCCUGCAACCGGAAGUAUUUUGGCCGCGAUUCCAUGGUGUGCGUGUGCAACAGCACGUACUGUGACACCCACGACCCUAUCUCCCUUCCACCUGCCGGUUUCUUCGUCAAGUAUGAAAGCAGUAAGAGCGGAAAGCGGCUGGCACAGAGCCAAGGGACGUUUCAGGACAGGACGUUCAUGCCAGAUAUCGUCCUGGUUCUGGAGCCGACGGAGCGGUAUCAGAUAGUGAAGGGGUUUGGCGGUUCGGUCACCGAUGCAGCCUCCAUAAAUAUCCUCUCCCUAACGCCGGAUACCCAGAACAAUUUGCUCCGUUCCUACUUCUCAGAGGAUGGGAUCGAGUACAACGUGAUACGUAUCCCCAUGGCGAGCUGCGACUUCUCCAUGCGUCUGUACACGUACGCUGACUGGCCAAAUGACUACGCGUUGAAACACUUCAGCUUGGUCGAGGAGGACGUCAAGAUGAAAAUCCCUAUCGUUCAUCGUGCCAAGGCCAUGUCUAAGAAACCGAUCUCCUUGUUCGCCAGCCCAUGGACUGCUCCAAUCUGGAUGAAAACCAACAACGACUGGAAGGGGAAGGGGUCUCUGAAGGGGGAUGCAGGCAACAGAAUUCACAAGACAUGGGCCAACUAUUUUAUCAGGUUUCUUGAUGAGUACGCCAAGCGCAAUCUGACCUUCUGGGCGUUAACAGCUGAGAAUGAACCCACGGCUGGAUUGAUGGCCAAUUAUCCCUUCCAGUGCUUGGGGUUCACACCUGAGCAGCAGCGGGACUUCAUUGCGCUGGAUCUGGGCCCCGCCCUGGUGAACAGCUCUCACAAGGAUGUCCGCCUCAUCAUCCUGGAUGACAAUCGAGUGCAUCUGCCUCAUUGGGCGAAAGUGGUACUGAGCGAGGAUAGCCAGGCUGGCCGCUACAUCCAUGGCAUUGGCGUUCACUGGUACCUGGAUUUCAUUGCUCCCAUCGACGACACAGUGGGGAUCACCCACCAGCUGUUCCCCGAUUACUUCCUGCUCUCCACCGAGAACUGUGCCGGCGCACAGUUCUGGGAGAGGGAUGUGAUCCUCGGAGACUGGGACCGGGGGAAUCGAUACAGCCGGAGCAUCCUGGCGAACCUUAAUCACAACGUCAUAGGCUGGAUGGACUGGAACCUGGCCCUGGAUUUGGAAGGGGGCCCCAACUGGGUCAAGAACUACGCGGACAGCCCGAUCAUUGUGGACGUGGCCAGUGACACUUUCUACAAGCAGCCCAUGUUCUACCACAUGGCACACUUUAGAAGCAAGAGCUCCUCUGUUCUGCAUUUCCUUGGAGCAGCAGAAGUGCGAGUCACGGACACAUCUGUCUUCUGUCGCUUCAUGUACCAGGCCAAGCUACCCUCAGGUGAAUUCACCGAAACAAAAUGA